AUGGAGGCUUUUAAAAAGCUUCUUCCUCUCCUUGAAAACAUUGAGAAUGUGAGAAAGAAUGAAAAUUUAAUUGAAACCAAGCAGAUAGUUAUAAAGAUGAAUGUGGACACUAUGAUCAAGGCGAAGAGAGUGAUCGAGGAGAUGAAGACUCAGUUGGGCCAGAAGCGUCGGGAGCAACUUUAUAAGACUGAAAGAUGUGUAGCAAUCCGCCGUCGGCUCGAGGAGAUGUCAAAAGAGAUGUCUGACUUAAAGGUGGAGUUUGAUCUUAUCACCAAACAGGAGGAGGAAUUCGCUAAGGAGAUUUCCCCCACGCAGGCACAUAUGCUGAGGAUGAUUGUCGAUGUUAUCGCUGUUAGCCAAGCUACAACUCAAAUCAAAAAAGAGAUCAAGGCACUCAAGGAUGAAUCUGACACCUUGGAAAAUUGGGCCACAGAUCUUCAGCUCGAAUUGCGUUCUUUCCAGAGGGGUCACGAUGAAACUAGAAAAUCAAGAAAUCAAGGUAACUUUCUUGAGUUAUUGAAACUUUUAGCAUCCUACAAUGAUGAAAUUGCAAAAGUCGUGUUGGAAAAUGCUCCACAAAAUUGCAAGUAUACUUCACAUCAAAUUCAAAAAGAGCUCUUGCAAAUUCUUUCUAGUAGGGUAAAAAAGAGUAUUCGUGAGGAAAUUGGUGAUUCCAAAUUUUGUAUCGUUGUUGAUGAAGCUCGUGAUGAGUCAAAAAAGGAACAAAUGGCUCUUGUAUUAAGAUUUGUUGAUAAAGUUGGUUUAAUACAAGAGAUAUUUUUUGACGUGGCACAUGUUAAAGAUACCACAUCCUUAACUCUUAAGGAAGCAAUAUAUGAUAUACUUUCUCGACAUAACCUUGAUGUUUCUAACAUUCGUGGUCAAGGUUAUGAUGGUGCUAGCAAUAUGAGAGGAGAAUGGAAUGGUUUACAAGCCCUCUUUAUGAAGGAUUGUCCUUAUGCAUAUUAUGUUCAUUGUUUUGCUCAUCGAUUGCAACUUGCAUUAGUUACAUCAUCAAGAGAAGUCAAACCUGUUCAUAAUUUUUUUGAGAAGAUGAUCUUUAUUGUGAAUGUUGUUUGUUCUUUUACAAAGCGCCAUGAUAAGUUACAAGCUUCCCAAUUAGAAGAAAUUGCUCAUUUGUUAGAGAUUGAUGAGAUUGUAACUAGUAAAGGUUCAAAUCAAGUUGUUACAUUGAAACGAGCUGGAGAUACUCGUUGGUAA